CACACACACACACACACACACACACACACACACACACACACACACACACACAAGAUGGGCGUGACGUUUGCAGAGGGCAUGUCGCACGACGAAAAGGCCGACAUGCUCAAGGACUACCUCGCGCAGUUCGACAUUGAAGUGUCUCGCCGUGCGGAGCGCAUGAAGUCGAAGGUGCGCUUCCUCAAGGCGAGCAUCACGCGCCAGUUUACCGUGGAGCUGAUGAAGAUCCCAAAGGCCGUCAAGGCGCUGACAAUUUCAGAGUUCAAGGCGGCACUCGAGUCGGCAUCCUCUGAGGAUGAAGAGAAUGAGCCCGGCACCGUGCGGAGAAAGAGCACACGCGCCGUGCGACGAUCGACGCGCCAAAGCAGCAUGCGUGCAACAACGGGCAUCAUGUCGACAGCAAAGCGCACGCGACCCACCAACCGCGUGUCCUUCAAACCAAACACAUCAUUCAAGGCGCGCCCGAGCCGCCGCGUGACGCGCGCCAGCACAGCAGCGACAGAACAGAAACAGCAGCAGCAGCAGCACGAGCAACACGUGUUUGAGACACCGGCGGCAGUGAAGAACGGCGGCGUGCUGAAGUACGAGGAGCUUGGGUUUGAUCCACGACUGCCAAAGACGCCGUAUGUGCGCCAGGCCCGGAACGGCGAGAGCCUGCUGUCCAUCAACGGGUCGCCCGUCUCCAUCGACACGUCGUGCUCGCGCAUCCGCAAGGGGGGACGCGACACGAUCAUCACGCUGCCGCUCAAGGGCGGCAAGGCCGUGGAGAUCAACAGCGAGAACCCAGACACGCUGGCAGACAUGCUGCAAGGGAAGGACAGGGACGAGGCUGUGGGCGAGCUGCAGCGCUUGCAGGCACAGCUCUCAGCCAUGAUCCAGACGUUCCAGCAGCAGGUGUAGGUUGUACGUCGUGGCGGCGGUCAAAGGGAAAACCGGACUUGCAGAGCGAAGGAGAUGCACGUCGUGGGCUUUUAUGGGGUUUUGUGUUUGUUGGAAUGGGUGUAAUGUUCUUCGACAUGGUUUCUUAUGAUGCUGGCCUGGUGUUAGGCCGACUUGGCGAGUUAUCUGCUGGCUGUGAUGUCCUCUCCUUGGAUUUGUUUCUGCCUUUGUCGUGAGUCGUGCUUUGUCCAUCCCUCUCUUCCUCAUCUUCGUUUAUCUUCCUGUAUCUUCCUUUAUCUUCCUUCAUUUUACGUUUCAAUGGUCGUUGAGAACAGAAAGCGUGUUGCAAGCAAAACAACUGAAUGCGUGA